GUACUAUUUGUUCUAUCUCAGAAAGUUAAUGCAAGAAUUCCACGGUAGUGACCAAACCCCCAAAGGCGGCCAUGGGCAAGCCGGCAAGCAGAGCCCCUUAGACAAUACCGAUAUAGGAGCCAACGGUCAUGAUAAAGGAACCGAGGCAACCUCCAAUGCCGAAGAACUCCCCAGCGCGGUCCUAGAGAGAGAGAUUGGGAAGAUAAUCGAGGUCCUCCUCUCGGGUAUGAACGAUUCCGAGGGUGACUUCGAGGGUAGCCCGGAGUUGGAAGGAACGGAACAGCCACCGACUGCUAAUAGCCCCGCUCAUGGUUCUGCGCAUAAUUCUGCGCAUAGUUCCGAAAACAAUUCGGAGCCUGCAGGGAUGGAGUGGCGCGAGGGCCAAUAUCCCGCGGACGCCACCGUUGAAGAAAGCGGCGCCUCAUGCCGCUACUUGAAGGGCGCCGUCGGGGUCCCAGUCGCGGCCCCGGACGUCGUCGGCGAAACAAGUGGAGCCACAGCUCCCGAGGGCGACGCCGCGGUAGGUACGACAUCCUACCGGGGCACUGACAACACCGAGCAGUCGCUGGCGGUUCCGGAUGACGACAACUGUUCCCUGCACCUGACAAAUUUACCUCCCGACUGCACGGUUGCACAGCUAUUGGGAGCUAUUAGGGGCGUCGGCAAGAUAUACGCCUGCAACAUCCGGCCUCCUUCCGGCGUGUACACGACAUCUGCGGCCAAACUUGUCUUCUGGAAUCGACAGAUGGCCACCGAGUUCCUGCAGAGAGUGAGGGCAGGUCAGUUCGUAGUCGGGGCCUACACACCCCAAGCGCGAAUGAAUGACCACAAGGUGGCAUCCCAAGAAGAAUCGUAUAUCUCACGCGUUCUCGAAAUAACAGGCCCGACACCGAUAAUAAACCAGGACUACCUAGAGAACUUCUUCCAACGGGAGUUCUCUUACGAGCUAGAGAAUGUCGAGACAGUGUUCACGAAUGACAACAUAUCGAAGUUGAUAAUUCGAUUCUCGUCUUAUCACUGUCAGGCCUCCAACGCGCGUCGGUCUAUCAUGCGCGCCAUCAACGGCAUGUUCACAGACCAAGUGACCCAUGCCGAGCGAGACCAUUGGAGAAGAGUUCGGAGCCGUUGGGGUGUUGACCCCUGCGCAUAG